AUGGCGUGCGUCCUUGCCUGGACUAAGUCGGAAAUCGACAUCCUCGUUCAGGCCUGGAGCGAGGUAGAGGCCAAGUAUCCUUCCUUGCGCUGUCCUCGUGGCUCAGGCACGCUCAACACCAAGGUGUACGCGUUGUUCUCCAAGCGCAGCAGAUUUUCGCGGUCAGCUCUCGCGGUGAAACACACACAGCAACACAUCCGCAACUUUGUCUUGUUUGUGGACCGGUACGACAAAGAUCGUCAAAAGGAUGGAGAGCGUCGCUGGUACCAGCUCAGUGUCGAUGAACGUGAGCAACGUCGUGGACUCGUACCGCGCAGGGCACGCGGGUUGACGACAGCCCUUGGACGAAGCGCGUUUGCCAAGCUGCUCAAGAUGGAGCGAGUUCAGAGGUGGCUGGGCGGAGGGUCAGGCGAGGAGCUGCAACAGCAAGAACAAGCUGAAGCGGCUUCGCCCACCUCAAGUUUUCACUCCCCGCGGUCCGAGUCACCCGAGUCCGAGUUCGGUGCUUCACUUACCCAUACUUGCUCUCCGCUCUCCGGGGAUAACACACCGGGUACCGAGCACGAUACUGAAAGGAUCGAGGAUCAUUUCCAGAUCCCGGAACCUCACAACUCUGACACCAGCACGUGCAGUUUGCACUCGAGGUCGGGGGAUGAAGACUCGCCGAUGUCUACUGCGUCUACCGCGAGCCAAGGCGUGCCAUUAAAGCGUGUUAGUACAGCUGAGAAACCAGGGAAAGUAAAGAAGGUGAAGACCGACAUGGAGGUUCAAGGCAAACUCAAGCACCGAGACUGCAACAUUCUACUGGAAAACCUGAUGCAGCUGCACAACACCAAGAUGCGUCGAGCUGUCGGCAAGUUGAGAGCGGAUAUCGAGGGCGAAAUCCAGCGCAGCUCGGAGAUGCUGCUCUCCAUCCUCAGCAACCAGUUCAAGGACCCCAGUCGCAGUGGCGACGUCGCUUUUGUGACGAAAGUGCUGGGUAUGCAAAAGCAACAAGUGCGCGAUCGGUUCGACCGGUUUGAAAUGAAGCGCGCGAAAGAUGAAGCUGAGUGUCGCGCGCUUGUUGGCCAGCGCUUCGUGUAG